UCCUCACGCAUCAAACUCCAAACACAUUCAUGGUGAAUAGGAAGCCAACAAGACCCUCGGCGUUAAAAAAACAAACAAAUUGUUUGCAAAAAAAUACGCACAAAUAAUUAAAUGAGAUCGAUGAGUUCCACUUAAGAAAGGGUAUGGAUUGAGUCACAGUUGUAGCUGGUACCAUGUCCUAAAUACUGCCCAUAAGAUCAAUGCUAAUGGAGCUGUACCAGAGAGGACCUAAACUGGUUGUGCCUUAGUUGCAGGUCUACUACCAUGAGCCAGUCCCCCAGUGGCCUGUAGCAGGAUGACUUCCGUCUACCCAGCUGGGGAGGUCUCGGUCGGGGUUUCGGCUGUGGCCACGGGUCCCCAGCGUUAUGCACGAUGGAGCCGACUGGACAGCUCCAACAUCUGCACAGACAACGAGGGGACCCAGUCAUGCCGACUCACUCCACUGGAGAAGCUCAAUUUGGACAUGUGCCAAGAUGAGAAUAUGGUGAGAGAGCUCACGGUGGGCUGCCGCAUUGGCUUCUACAAGAUUUGCGGUGAGAUUGGAUGCGGCAACUUCUCUCGUGUCAAGCUAGGCAUCCACGCUCUGACGAAAGACAAAGUAGCCAUCAAGAUCUUGGACAAGACCAAGCUUGAUCAGAAGACCCAAAGUCUGCUCUCCCAGGAGAUAUCCAGCAUGGAAAAGCUGCACCAUCCAAAUAUCAUCCGUCUGUAUGAGGUGGUGGAGACUCUGACCCAUAUGCACCUGGUCAUGGAGUAUGCAAGCGGAGGGGAGCUCUAUACAAAGAUCAGCACUGAGGGGAAGCUUUCCGACAUCGACAGCAAGAUUGUCUUCUCUCAAGUUCUCUCAGCUGUGAAGCAUAUGCAUGACAACAACAUCAUCCACAGGGACCUGAAAGCAGAGAAUGUUUUUUACACCUGUAGCACCUGUGUUAAAGUGGGAGACUUUGGCUUCAGCACCGUCAGCCGUCGUGACGAGACCCUCAAUACCUUCUGUGGUUCUCCCCCUUAUGUCGCCCCUGAGCUCUUCAGAGACAAGCACUACAUAGGCGCUUGCGUGGACAUCUGGGCAUUAGGCGUCCUACUAUUCUUCAUGGUGACUGGCACCAUGCCUUUCCGUGCCGAAAUGGUAGCCAAGCUAAAGCACUGUAUCCUGGAUGGGGUGUACACAGUGCUUGCCUGGGUACCAGAACCUUGCCAGAAACUAAUCCGGGGCAUUCUGCAACCCCAACCAGCUGACCGCUACAGUGUAGAACAGAUGAUGGGCUGUGAGUGGCUGCUGCCAGUGGAGUUUCCCAAAGCCAUGGAGCCCUUUAAAUUGGACCCACUCCACCUGGCUGUGACUAGGUCAGGGCAGCUAGAGGAGCAUGAAAUAGAAGUGAGGAAUGACCUGAAGACACUUGGCAUCACCGCUGACCACAUUCGUAACAACCAGGGCAAAGACUGCAGGAGCUCCAUCACUGGGGUCUAUCGUAUUCUCUUACACUGGGCACACAAAAGACAAGCGGUAGAGAGCAUGCCAGUUUUUACCCUUGUAGUGAAUGGAACUGAUGCUAAAAAGGACUGUUUGAAGGCAUACAGGAGCCUUAGACAUACAUCUAAUCUCUGCACCAUUUUGUGAUGCUAAAAAUUGGAAAAUCUUUAAUAAGGAAUGAAUGUCUCACUGGAACUAUGUUUUAGCUUGUUUUGUUUGAUACACCUCUUUUGUUAUCUUUUUUAAAUUGAAAAUGAGAUCAGUGAAUGCCUCUAAUAAAGUAGUCUGUUUUAAUCAAAAAAGUAUGUAUGAUUGCUUUUGUUUUGAUGUCACGACUGUCUCAUUUCGUGUUCAUUUUUGUAAUAAAGUUCUUUGGACUUUAUUGUUUGACAUUGUAUAAA